AAGAGGAUAAGAGUUCCUACCAACGUCUGAAGCUCUUCUUCUCACUCUGUUUGGAUACCGAGAAAAUUGAAAAGGAAAAUGGCGCAAACCCUGGCGAUGCCUGUUGCACCCUCUCUCUCCUUUAUAUGCAACAAAGUAAGCUCUAUGUCUCUCUCCAACACUGCUUCCCUCCCCGUUUCAAACCCUCCCAAGCAUCAUGGUCUAAGCAUUGUAUGCGUUCGUGUUGGCGGAGUGGAAAUUCCAAACAACAAGAGAGUGGAAUUCUCUCUGCAGUACAUCCAUGGGAUUGGUCGCACGAGGGCUCGUAAAAUCCUAUGUGAUCUCCAAAUGGAGAACAAAAUCACCAAAGAUUUGUCGGAGGAAGAGCUCAUUACGAUUCGUGAUGAAGUCUCCAAAUAUAUGAUUGAAGGCGACUUGAGGCGGUUCAAUGCUCUUAAUAUACGGCGAUUGAAAGAGAUUCAGUGCUACCGAGGGGUUCGCCAUAUUCAGGGAUUGCCUUGUAGAGGACAGCACACCAAAAACAAUUGCCGGACUUUGAAGGGUAAGAGAGUUGCCAUUGCUGGUAAGAAGAAAGCCCCUCGUUGAUCUUAACCGUUUUUGUUUCGAUGAAGCGAAUCAUGUUGAAUUUUAUGUUUGAUUCGAAAUGAAUGCAUUGUAGACUUGUAGUACAAUAUGGUUUGAUUUGAUAUUGAAAUGGGAUUUGCACUGUCUAUAUAA